AUGCUUCAGAAGGAACACUGCAUGCUUUUCAUGAAAGGGUACCGCAUCAAGGAUCCCAUCCCAGUUUGCAUUGUUUCAACCUCGGAACUGAAAGUAGAUGUGUAUGGGAAGAGGAUGCUUGACGAUGAAGCUAACAUGGAAUCAAGCGAUGAAGAUGAAACGGUUGACGGGAACCUGGAGGAGUUGAAAGUUGACUUGUAUGGUAAUAUGAAACUAUCGUGCAGGGAUGACAGCAGCAACGAUAGCAGCGACGAUGAGUCAGCAUCAGAUGACGGAGGAGGGAGAAUGCAGAGAGAGGACCAAGUAUAUGAAAUUGUCUUGGACUCCUCCGAUGAGGAGGGCGAUGAAGAGCUGUACCGUCCUAUAUUCCCAAAACAAUCUGAGACGGUAGUGGUCAGAAAACAAACUGAUGCUCCUCCUGCCACAAAAGCAAACAGGGUCUCUAUCGGAAGCGUCAAUAACAAACUGGAGGCUAAGGAAGGCAACAAAGUAGAAAGUCUGUCGUCCUGCUCAUCUGAUUACGAUGAAAUGGAGUUCACCAUGAAGUUUCUUCUUUCCCACCUCCUCUACCUUAUCCUCAUUGUCUUUUUCUUCCUCGUCAUCAUCCCCCUGUUCCUUUUCUUGCAGUUUGGUGUAAUCAUGGGGGUGGAUGAGCCGGAGGUAUCGUUCAAUGUUCUGGGGGAGGUCCUUAUCCUGUGA